AUGGGAGAUGUGGCUGCGAGAAGCGCGGGCGAAGGGGAAGCACGAGUUCUCGUUCAUCAGGCAUUGGAUCAACCACGAUGCCAGGGUGUUGUCGUUCAGUCCUCCGCCGGCUCAGGGUGGUGCAGAGAUGCUGUUCACCGACGACGACAGUAUGUGUGGUCUCGUGCAUGGGAAGGGGGGCCCUCUCUAACGUCACCUCCAGAACUAGAUGUGGAGUAUCGGUAUUGGGCGUUCGUAGAGGGUCACCCCGCGCAUCACUCCCUGCCUGAGAACGCUCACGCGGAGGCGAUGGAUGCAUUGACUUGGUCGUACACCGCUUCAGACUGUCUACUGCCUUCCAGCAGACAUGCUGUAGCUCCUUUCGAACAAGGGGAAUGUCAGGAGUUGAUGACAUUAUUGAGAUCGCUUGAGGGUAAAUCAAAGACCCAGUCUGUGGUACAUACUCGCAUCGUGUCCAAGAUUCUCAUGCGUGUCGCUCAAUGGCGUCAAAGCAACUUCCGCCCUCACAAGCCUCUUCCCAAUGACGCUAGCAAAAGUUCCCACGUUGAGCGACGCGUACCGUUCCGUCGAACACUCUUCGACUUCGUCGUCUCCGUCGUCUGCCUGGGUAUACCAUACAUCUUCAUGGAUCGCACGUCGCACCGCCGCCUGGACGAAGAGAGCAACCUCCGCAACGCGGGACCGAUGCUCAUGAUUGGGGCUUGCGCGUGUCUUCUCGCUGCUAUUCUGCUCAGUGCUUCUGUGACGUUCCUGUCCUUUCCUGGGCUGGACGAUGUCGCGAGGGUGUCGGGGUUUCUGACAGUGUUAUGUUCAAUCGCGAGUAUGGCUGCGUGGGUGAUAUCCAUGUUCAGGUAUAAUACUGAGACGGAGAGGACGGUGCGGUUCGUAGGCCAGGAAGGCAUGAUCGUCAUUUCGAAACGGAGCGUGGUCAUGUCCCUCCCGCUCGUUUUCCUGGCCUACUCAAUAAUCGCAUUCGUUACGGGUGUGACCAUUUACUCCUUCCGUGGAUUCUCUGUGACGAACUCCAAGAUCAUCGUACGACACUUCGAUGAAUAUACAAAAUGGACUGUCUUGGGCACUUUGGGCGGAUUCGGUGGCGUGCUGCUCACAGCUGCUCUCCUGACCCGGUGA